UCAACAUUUAUUGACCUUUCCUUCUAUUACAGCUUCCCUCUUGGAGGAAAAAAACCCCCGCAAUCUUGAGCGUACACUAUGAAUGAACUCGGACGCUAUCCGCCGCCGGUCUUUGACUGUCGUCCUCAAAAUGCUGUCUUAAAUCCUCAAACGGUACAGCCCCAGAGCCACUCCAGCAGCUUCCACCCGAGCAUGUGGAGCUGGCCCGAGACGCCAUCGGAGACAUGGGAUCAUAACCAAGGUCCAGGAGGCUGGCAGUAUGGAGCACCGUCAGGGUUUGACAGGGGUGGGGGUCCCGGUCGGCCCUUUGGUCCAAAGCGUCCAUACGGUCAAAACUUCUAUCGUGGUGGGCAUCGAGGUGCAAGGCAAAGUUAUGGACCCCACAAUACUCAAGGGAAAAAGCAGAAAAACAGGAAAGAACCAGAAUAUUCACACUUCUGUGACACCUGUGAUCGGGGAUUCAAAAACCAAGAGAAAUACGAUGAACACAUUUCUCAACAUGUGAAGUGUUCUGUUCCUGACUGCAAUUUCAUGGCUCAUGAAAAACUAGUCAGCAUCCACUGGAAAAUUAACCAUGGACGGGGCGCUAAAAGAAUCAAACUGGACACAGCAGAGGAGAUUGCAAAAUGGAGGGAGGAAAGACGCAAGAACUAUCCCACACUCCAGAAUAUUGAAAAGAAGAAGAAAAUUUUUGAGCUCCGUGAAGAGAGGGGCGAUGUCUUGGAGACUGCUCAGUUUGGGCGAAUGAGAGGAAGAAGACGAGGUCGAGGUCGUGGACACUGGCAUGGUAACAGAAGGCUCCAGGGGGGUCCCCCACUUGGCACUCAGGACCCAGGAAACGGCGCUCCAGAGCACCCUCCACCUCUCAGUCAGCCCUCAAAGGAGACGGAUCCGCUGGCGGCCCUCAUCAGCAGUGACCCUGAGUCUGACAGGGAGGAGGUAGCUGACGGCUCCACACAGCUGGUGGUCGCCCCCAAACAAAUGAGCUCUGGGCUGGGUUCAUUAAUGGCCAGCUAUGGCUCCAUGACUGAGAGCGACAGCGAUGAGGAACCAGAGGCUGUCCCAAUCCAGAGAGCCAACAAACUAGUUCAAGAGAACCGGGCCAUCCUCCAGACUCCACCACCAAGGCCCCAGGACAGCAGACACCCCAGCCAAACAGAAACCCGCCAAGACCAGCAACCAGCCCGGCACAUAUCUGGGGGGGGAAGGGGAAGAGGCAGAGGGCGGAGAGGAGGAGGAAGGGGAGGAUGGGGCAGCAGAGGAGGAAGGCACAAUGCAGAGACACUUAAAAAGCGCCGCGCUACUCUGCUUGAGAUGCUACUCGCCCCAGACAUCCGCCACGAGAGGAACAUCCUCCUCCAGUGUGUGCGCUACAUUGUCAGAAAGAACUUCUUUGGGCUGGACGGUGAAACUCAGAUACGUGCAGGAACCACAUCUCAACCAACUCACAGCUGAAGUGCUCCACAGUGCUCAGGAAAUGACAUCAGAGGAACCAAGGGGUUCUACAGAGCCAUCAUCUGUCAUUAGCUGAGGGAUGGGUCAAGCAGGACAUCUGAAGGUUUCUUCUGGAGUCUUCACACAUGCAGAAGUGAUCAGACAAGGAUCUCAAUAAACUGCAUUGCUGCCUCAAUAUAAGCUUUGAGAUUGGUGCUUGUGUCAGUACCACUAUCACAAAAAAAUAAUGAUGCAGCGAAUGCCACAUAAUCUUAACAACUGCUGAAACUCCAGAGGAAAAGUGACACUAGUCUAGGGUUCAUCCAGUGAGCGAGAGCCAGAUUACUCCAUGGAGAUUUCAGAACACCAUUAUUCCAAUUACUGAGGAGACAAGUGGCAAUAAGUGUUAAGACCUUGUCUUUAUGCAUGUCAAUAAUAGCCUGUUUAUUCAACACUGUAUUCUUUUUUUUUUCUCUCGCCAAUUGUAUUCGACCAAUCGCUCCACUCUUCCGAGCAGUCCCGGUCUCUGCUCCUCCCCCUCUGCCAAUCUGAGGAGGGCUGCAGACUACCACAGGCCUCCUCUGAUACAUGUGGAGUCAGUAGCCGCUUCUUUUCACCGGACAGUGAGGAGUUUUGCCAAGGGGAAGUAGCGUGUGGGAGGAUCACGCUAUUCCCCCCAGUAACCCCCCCCCCGAACAUGCUCCCCAACUGACCAGAGGAGGUGCUAGUGCAGCGACCAGGACACAUGCACACAUCCUGCUUCCCGCCUACAGACACGGCCAAUUGUGUCCAUCGGGAUGCCCGACCAAGCCGGAGGUAACAUGGGGAUUUGAACAGGUGAUCCGAACAGGUGAUCCUCAUGUUGACAGGCAACAGAAUAGACCGCUAUGCUACCCGAGCGCCCAACCUGUCAUUUUUCACGUCCUCCCUGGUGAACUUGAUGUGGUUGUCCACAGAGUUAAUAUGGUUGGUGAAAUAUGGUACGUCCUGAGAUUUAAUUUUAACCCAGGGUUCGUCCACAAAUCUGCACCAAUGGCAAGGUGGUGUCCCUGGAUAGGACAUCAGAGCCCUCUUUAACACUUCCUCCAUAUACAAGUUGGCCACUAUAGGUGAGACUGGGGAACCCAUAGCGUACCCAUGCUUCUGCCUAGAGUACAUCUGUUGCCAUCUUCCAAUGCUGAGAUUGCAAACAUUCUGAAAUCCUCUGUGAAUAGUACACAUGA